AGGUGGCAGUGACUCUGCCGACAUGGAGCUGCUGCAGAUGCCGGAGCUGAUGGGGCUGUCGCUGUUGCUCGGGCUGCUGGCCCUGAUGGCGACGGCGGCGGUAGCGCGGGGGUGGCUGCGCGCGGAGCAGGAGACGUGCGGCCGGUCCGCAGGCCAAAGAGCAAAUGGAUUUCCACCUGACAAGUCCUUGAGAUCCAAGAAGCAGAAACAACAUCAGCGGAUUCACAAGGAAAAGCCUCAGCAACACAACUUCACCCACCGCCUCCUGGCUGCAACAUUGAAGAGCCACAGUGGGAACAUAUCUUGCAUGGACUUUAGCAGCAAUGGCAAGUACCUGGCCACCUGUGCAGAUGACCGUACCGUCCGCAUCUGGAGCACCAAGGACUUCCUGCAGCGGGAGCACCGCAGCAUGAGAGCAAAUGUGGAGCUGGACCAUGCCAUCCUGGUGCGCUUCAGCCCUGACUGCAGAGCAUUCAUCGUCUGGCUGGCUAACGGAGAUACCCUCCGUGUCUUCAAGAUGACCAAGCGAGAGGAUGGGGGCUAUACUUUCACGGCCACCCCAGAGGACUUUCCUAAAAAGCACAAGGCAGCCAUCGUCAACAUUGGCAUUGCUGACACAGGGAAGUUCAUCAUGACUGCUUCCAGUGACACAACUAUCCUCAUCUGGAAUCUGAAAGGUCAGGUGCUGUCUACCAUCAACACCAACCAGAUGCACAAUACAUCUGCUGCUAUAUCCCCUUGUAGCAGAUUUGUGGCCUCAUGUGGCUUCACCCCAGAUGUAAAAGUUUGGGAAGUCUGCUUUGGGAAAAAAGGGGACUUCCAGGAGGUUGUGCGAGCCUUUGAACUGAAGGGCCACUCUGCAGCCAUCCACUUCUUCGCUUUCUCCAAUGACUCCCGGAGGAUGGCCUCUGUCUCCAAGGAUGGUACGUGGAAACUGUGGGACACAGAUGUAGAAUACAAGAAGCAGCAGGACCCCUACUUGCUGAGGACGGGCCGUUUUGAAGAAGCGAGCACCGUGCCGUGCCGCCUGGCACUCUCCCCUGACGCCCAGGUUUUGGCUUUGGCCAGUGGCAGCAGUAUUCAUCUCUAUAAUACCCGGCGGGGUGAGAAGGAGGAGUGCUUCGAGCAGGUCCAUGGGGAGUGUAUCAAUGACUUGUCCUUUGAUGUCACUGGCCGGCUUCUGGCCUCCUGUGGGGACCGGGCAGUGCGGCUCUUCCACAACACCCCUGGCUACCGGGCAGUGGUGGAAGAAAUGCAGGGCCUCCUGAAGCGGGCCUCCAAUGAGAGCACCCGCCAGAGGCUACAGCAGCAGCUGACGCAGGCCCAGGAGGCCCUGAAGAGCCUGGGUGCCUUGAGGAAAUGACUCUGGGAGGGCACAGCAGGAAGGAUCUGGCCUUCUGUCUUCGCUGCCGCGGCUUUUCCCAGGUACUCCCCAGCUGGAAGCCUUUUGAAAGGGGUGUGCUGAUUUUCUUAAUGGUGACUCCUCUCUCCUUUUUCCCACUGAAACUAUUCUUGCCUACUUAGAUCUCUCUCUCUUCUUGCUGGUGUGACUCCUGGCCUUACUUGACCUCCCAGGCCAACGACCAAGGUGCUUCUCUUUUUCCUGGGCCCAAGGGGUGGAAUCUGUCUUCACCGGGCAUGAGGAGAGUGGUAAUUAGAAGAGAAAGAGAGAACAUGGUCUUUGACCUUGUGGCAACACACCCUGCUAUCCAAAGAAGCAUGUAAUUAUGGGACUUCCCUGACGGUCCAGUGGUUAAGACUCUGCGCUCCCAAUGCAGGGGGCCUGGGUUUGCUCCCUGGUCGGGGAACUAAGAAAAAAAAAAAAGGCAAAGAAGCUUGUAAUUGUGGAGGCAAAACCUAGGGAACACCUGAGUACUAACCAGCAGUCUUGCAGGGAUAGGAGAUUGGGAUACCUUCCAAUUCCGUAACUGUGGUAUGGCUCAGGGAAAGGCUGAUCUUAACCCAGCAAAGCACCUAACUUCAUCAAAAAGUGAUUAAGGGAUUUCAUUCUGUGCCUCAGUUUUCUUAUUUGUGAAAUGGAGAAUAAUUAUCUCUUGACGUCGUAACAAAGAUGUUGUGAGAGGGCUUCCCUGGUGGCGCAGUGGUUGAGAGUCUGCCUGCCAAUGCAGGGGACACAGGUUCGAGCCCUGGUCUGGGAAGAUCCCACAUGCCUUAGAGCAGCUGGGCCCGUGAGCCACAGUUACUGAGCCUGCGCGUCUGGAGCCUGUGGUCCGCAACAAGAGAGGCCGCGGUGGUGAGAGGCCCGCGCACCGCGAUGAAGAGUGGCCCCCGCUUGCCACAACUAGAGAAAGCCCUCGCACAGAAACAAAGACCCAACACAGCCAAAAAUAAAUAAAUAAAAUCAAUUAAAAAAAAAAAAAAUGUUGUGAGAGUAUGAGGGUAUGAAGUCCCUAGAUUUGGAAGAAAAGUAGAAAAGAGUCAUAACAUGUUACCUGUUGUCCCAUAUCAGUUAUUAACUACUGGGUUAAAACAGGGCAGUUUGAAACUCAAUUAGAAGGAAACAUAUCCCUUGGGAAGGCCAAGUUUCUGGGACUUGAUCGUACAUUUCAUAUCUGGUUCUGCUUUAAGUUGUGUGGGAGAAUCACAGAAUCCCGAGAUAGGGCUCUUCUCUUCCAGGAGGUUAUAUCCUGUUUGAGGAGAACUUCUUUUCAGUUCACCAAACAUCUGAGUGCCUACUCUGUGCCUAGCGCGCAGUACUGGACCCUGGAGAUAAGUAUGAAUAAGACAUGGUUUCUGCCAUCAAAGAUGGCUGGUGGGAGAGAGGUUCACACGUCUAUGAAGUGCUUUUGUUAGUUUAUUCAUAGCUGGAGAAGGCUGUUGUAAAAGUUCGAGAGAGAGGAUUGAAUCAGGACAGAGGCAAUGAAUAUGGAGUUGAAGGGUAGAUUUGAUAGAUUAGGUAUUUACCAGUUCAAAUUUUGGGACUUUGAGGACUGCUUGGAUGUGAGAUGGAAAUGAGGAAUCUUAGGAAGGCUUGAGCCUAGGGAAAAUUUACUGAAUUCUUCCUCCCUCUCCCUAAAACUGGGACCUCCGCUAGUCACCCCCAACUCAGAGAGAUAUUUGAACAAGUCACAACCUUGGAGUUAUCCUUAGGUACUCCCUUUUCAUACUCUCUCCACCUUACUGCACUAUUGCCAUCCACUCCACCAGAAAAUUCUUUUGGUUACAUUCCAGUUUAUAUCCUGAAUCUGCUACCUCUCUCCAUCUUUUCUGUUACCAUCCUGGUCCUAGCCACUGUCACCUACUGGACUGCUAUAACAUAGCUUCCUCAUUGGCCUCCCUACUUCUUCUCUUGCCUCGUUAAGUCACUUUUCUACGUAGCAGGGUGAUCUUUUAAAAAUGUAAACCAGAUCACAUUGUUCCCAAGUUAAAACCCUGAAAAGACUCCCCAUCACAGUUGGAAUAAAAUCCAAAAUUCUCACCAUGGCCUACAAGGUCCUAUGUAAUCUGGCUUCUUCCUUCCUCCGUGACCUUGUUUCCACUUUCCCAGCCACCCCAGCCUUGCUGUUCCUCCACCAAGCCAAGUUAUUUCCAGCCUCAAGGGGGACUUGUGCCUAUGCUUUUCCCUCUGCUUAGAAGCAUUUUUUUUUCUUCUGUUGGCAGUCUUGUCAAGCUUGUCAUAAUUCAGUUCUCAGUUUCGAUUAUACUUCAGAGAAACCCUCCCUGACCACCCAAUCUGAAGUAGCCCUUUCUACCAAUCAUAUCACAUCCAUCACAUUAGCUUAUUUUAUUUUAUUUUGCAUUACUUAAUGCUAUCUGAAAUUACCUUGUUUGGAUAUUUGUUGGCUUCAGGGAUUUUCAGUUUAAAUGCUUAUGGAUGUCAAGUGGGUAAUAUAAGUGGGUGAUUUGGGCCACAGUCGUCUGGGUAUAAGACAGUAGGAAAUGGUGGGAACUGAAGUGAUCUCUAGGGGUCAUGUGUCCUGGGGAAGGGGCAGGCGUGGCUGCAACUUAAUAGUCAGGAUUCCAGCAGAAGUUGCCUGUUUCAGAGAAGCUAGAAGUUGGCUAUUUCUUACAAACAGAAAAACUCAGGCACUGUAGGGACCAAACAGAAUGCUCCUGUGGGCAGGAUGCGGCCCAGCAGUCUCACUGGCAGCUUCUGGAUUGUUCAGUAACCCACUGGAAUGUGACAAGAAUCCUUGUCUGUCCGAUUUGCUCUGUAUCCCACACACAGUACCUGGGAUAGAGUAAGCACUCAAUAAAUGUUGAACUCAAACCAGGGCAGUUGACAGAAAUUUCAGUACCGUCUGUGUAUUGUGGUUUUAUGUUCCUAAGAAUAGACUUCUGACUGAUAAUACUAUGCACCUGGGUCCUGGUGAAUACUUGCUUUCUGAUUGUCUGAAGAAUGAGACUAAAACACUUUGCACAUCUGCUUGGCUCUGGCUUUACUCUCGUAUAUCCAGGAGAGGAAGUGACCACAGAAUGUUGAGUUACGGAAGUCAGAAGUCUUCAGUUCCAAUUUCAGCUGGGGCACUUACUGACUUGAGACCUUGAACAGACAGAUCACUUGACCUCUCUGAGUUUGUUUCCUCAUCUGUAAAAUGGGAAUAAAUCCUGUCCUUCGUGCUUUGCAGGGCUAUGAAUUUCUAAUAAGAUGAAUGAAAGCACUACAAAAAAGUCAUUACAGAGACUUCCUGAGGACAGAAAGCUCCUCUCACUAAAGAUUAGGCUGCUUCUCUUGUAAGCAUGGAGAAGUUACCUGGAUAUUCAUGUAGCCUAGAGGCCACCGUGGUUUUUUGGUAAAAAAUCCUUGUGUGUGAAGGCAGUGUUAAUACUUUAAUAUUACUAUUUCAAUGUCUGUGGGUUUGAAAUUUUUCAAAAUAAAAAU